CUGCACCGCUGGGCUUGUUUUUACAACAGGUCGAUAUCAGCGCCCUCACUAGUUAUCUUUCCUUCUACAGUAAAUGGUACUCCGCCGCGAUAGGCAGGCAGCUAUCCAUGCGAUUAACCGAAUAAUUAGAUUGUUUUACCGGAUCGACUCCUAUUUUGCAUCUCUCAACCAGAUCUUGUCGUAAGGACUUCUUAAGCAUCAAUAGGUCGUCGCACUCUGAGGUCAAUUAUGGCCAUUGAUUGCGGACACUGUACCGCGUAGCAACCAUGCAAUCCAAUGUCGCCGCUUGGUCGAUAGAGAUCCUAAUCGAUACAUCCCAAUGGCUCUAUAUUCUGCCUCUCGGGGCAUCGGUGUACGUUACAAUCGCUGUGUUUUCCAGAUGGCGCGAAUUGCAAAAGUCUUGCAUCAAAGUCAAUGUGAGCCAUCGAGGAAAUACCAAAGUCCUUCUCAAUCUAGCCCUACUCAUAUUUCAGUCGUGUGUAGUAGGCUGGUCUUUGAAUGUGUCAUUGCAGCAUGGUAAUACUAUAUCGGAAGUAAUUCACCUUGUCGCAAUUGCCAGUAUUACCUUCCUGUCACCGCGAGAACACUACCGUUCCUUGAGGCCGUCAAAACUAAUGGCCGUCUAUUUAUCUAUAAGGACAAUUGCAGACGCCUUUACAUUGCUUUUCACUCUCGGCACAUGGUCUGCUCUAGCUCUGGCGCUGAAGACAUUCCUAGAGGCUGCGAAUCUCAUUGCGGAAUCUCAAAGCAAGGAAAGCAUCUUGCUUGACAACUUUCGGGAUGUCUCACCUGAGGAAAAAGCCGGACCAUGGAGUCAAGGUGUCUUCUGGUGGAUCAACUCUGCUCUGUUUGCGCGACAGAAAGCCGGCUUCUCGCUGGAGACGCUGCCUAAAAAUCCUCGUCAGCUUGAUCCAUCGAGAUUGCGUCAAAGGUUAUCAUUGGCAUGGGAUCAGAGGAAAACGCCAACAACUCAAUUUACGCUGCCUCUUGCUUUGCUGCAAUGCCUCAUGCCAGAAUUUGUCACCAUCGUGCCUACCAGAUUACUGCUGAUUGUGUUACGCUAUGCUCAGCCUCUGCUCAUUAGUAAGAUACUGCAACUGCUUGCAGCUAAUAGUUUAGGCGGACGAUCCUAUCAACUCUCAUGCUCUAUCAUCAUGGUCUCCACUAUAGUAUACAUUGGACAAGCUAUCGUUUCUUCGAGGUAUGAGCAUCAGCUAAACCGUCUCAAUGUCAUGACUCGGGCUGCACUUAUCGGACUCAUUUACGAAAAGACUCUCAACACGCCUUACACUACCUACAAAGACUUUAGUGCUGUCACUCUUAUGAGUACUGAUGCAGACUCACUUGGGAACGUCAGCGAUAUGUUCCAUGAGGCAUGGUCUCAAGUAUUGGAGGUCGGCGUAGGCGUGACGUUGCUGGCUCAACAGAUAGGAUGGUUCUGCCUCGUCCCAUUGUUACUGAUUUCUGGGUGCUCCAACAUGACUCGAUAUGUGGCAAAGAACCUGCGACCGAAACAGCAUGCAUGGAACAAGGCAACUCAGGAUCGCAUCAACAAAGUUGUCUCUAUCCUCAGCUCAAUCAAGAUCGUCAAGAUGCUUGGAAUGACAGAAGUCGUCAAAAGUCAGAUCAGUGAUUCGAGGCGUGUUGAGAUUGACGCUUCAAAAGAUAUGCGGUGGGUAUCUGUGCUCGCGAACGCCAGUGCAAAUGCGCUCGGGCUCUUCACGCCUCCAAUUACCGUCAUCCUCUUUGCUGCAUUUGGCAAAUCAAAACUCGACGCAGAGACAGCAUACACGACUCUGGCCAUCCUUGUAAUGGUCACACAUCCUGCUAACAUGGUCAUGACGAUCGUGCCUAGAGCGAUUGCUUCUCUUGCCAGUUUUCAGAGAAUACAAGAUUUCAUCAGUAAACCGCAUUACCAAGAUCUUCGCCUUCGUCUCAGACAAGGGGAAGGAGCGACCUUGGACGAUUGUAGUCGUGCACCCCAGCCCGCAAUCGAGCUCAAGAACGUCGAUUUCAGGCUGGCGGAUGCUACCAAUGCGGUCUUGGAGAACAUCAGCUUGCGAAUCGAUCAAGGGUCUAUCGUCAUCUGCACUGGACCCACGGGAGUAGGAAAGAGCGUGCUGGCUCUAGCAGUUGCUGGAGAAGUCACUCCCUCGAAAGGUUCCAUCUCCGUCAUCACCAAAUUCACAGCACUAUGUGUCCAAUCAGCAUGGCUCUCUGGACAAAGCGUCUCCGACAUGGUUCGAGGAUUCUCAUCUUCUUCUGUUUCACAUGAUGAAGGUUGGUAUAGACAAGUCCUCGAGGCAUGCUGCAUAGACCGGGAAAUCUUGUUAGACUCGUCAACGAGUUCUGGAAGUGGUCAUGCAAGACUUUCAGGAGGGCAGAAACAAAGAAUAGCACUGGCUCGCGCUGUAUAUCAACGGUGCGAUAAUCUCGUUCUUGAUGAUCCUUUCUCGGCUCUUGAUCAACGUACACAGGAUCGUGUGAUUGUCAACCUCCUCAGUCCAGAUGGUCUUCUGAGGCACAUGCACACAACUGUAUUCCUCAUUACUAACGCCGCCCGAGCAUAUCCUCUCGCUGAUAGAAUUCUUCUUCUGGAGCAGCGAAGCAUCAAGUUUGAUGGUGACUGGAGCGAAUACCUUGCACAGUCUGGCUCACUGACAUCUUACACUCAUAAACACGAUGGCAUCCAAGCCGAAGUCGACGAGAAUAAGCAACCAGCAGUUGUUCGCAAUCAGAAGCAGCAAGUCAUUAAAGACGAUGAGUUCGAUCUGGACAGAAGGCCUGGCGAUGCCGCUGUGUACGGAUACUAUCUAAGAUCAGUUGGUGCUUUCAACAUGAUCGCACUCUUGAGUUGCACGGCACUGUACUCAUUCUUUUCAAUCUUUCCCCAAUACUGGCUCAAGUGGUGGACAGAAUCGAAAACUGCAAGUGAUACAUUCUACAUGCUCGGCUACUUGGUGUUAUCCAUGGUUGCUUGGGCUUCGACCAGCACAAUGCUUUGGGUCAACUUCAUGAAGCUUGCGCCUAGAUCAGGAGCGGUAUUACAUGCUCGUCUUCUGGGUACAGUUCUGGGAGCUCCAAUGUCUUACUUCCUCAACAACGACAUCGGAACAAUCGUCAACAGAUUCAGUCAAGACAUACAGCUGAUAGACCGGGAUUUGCCAUCCGCAUUAGCUGCACUCUGCACACAAAUCUUCAAACUGGUCAUGCAGUGUUCUCUCCUCCUGACAAGUCAAAAGCUUCUAGUGUUCGCCUUACCCAUCUACGCCAUCUUCAUCUACAUCGUCCAAAAAGUAUACCUUCGCACUUCCCGACAAAUCAGAUACCUAGAGCUAGAAUCCAGGUCUGCCGUCUACUCUAGAUUUCUGGAGACUGUCGAAGGCAUAACCACAAUCAGAUCUUCUAACCAGCAGCAAACCUACCUCUCCCGCACCACCCAAAACCUCGACCUCUCCCAACGCGCCUUUUACCUUUUCCUCUGCCUCCAACGCUGGCUAAACAUCAUCCUCGAUCUCGCCAUCGCCAUCGUCGCAAUACUCGUCAUCACCCUCGCCGUCUUCUUCACUUCCGAAACCUCCAGCGCUGAUGUGGGAAUUGCGUUGAAUAUGGUUUUGGUGGCUAAUACCACUUUACUGCGGUUGGUGGAAAAUUGGACGAGGAUGGAGACGAGCGUGGGUGCUGCGGCGAGGUUGAAGGAGUUGGAGGAUUUUGUGCCGAGGGAGGAAGAUUGUGCUGUUGAGACUUUCGUGCCAAAGGAUUGGCCAUCUGCUGGAGCGCUUGUGUUGAGGGAUUUGAGAGUGGGUUAUGGUUCUCGAGCCGUCCUCUCAAAUAUCAAUCUCACCAUUCACGCUGGUCAAAAGGUUUUCAUCUGUGGAGAAACGGGAAGUGGCAAAAGCACCCUCCUAACGGCGUUCCUACGCUUGAGUACCAUCCACCACGGUUCCAUCAUCCUCGACAACAUCGACAUCACCCACUUAUCUCCCUCCCUCCUCCGCUCCCGCUGUUUCAUCACAAUACCCCAAGAUGCUUUUUUCCAGCCGGAUAUAAGUCUGCGUGAUAACCUCGACCCCGGCAACCAUCAUUCGGAUAUUGAAAUCAUGACGGCGUUGGAGAAAUUGCAACUUUGGUCUCACUUCCUCGACACUGUUUCCUCCUCCUUCCAUGAUGAUGAAGGAGCAGGUCAAGUCCUCGUACUUCCACUAUCCUCCUUCCCACCUCUAUCGGUCGGACACUCGCAACUGCUCUCCCUAACCCGGGCCCUCCUGCACUCUUCCCACCACGCCCGCCUCAACAGAAAACCGAUGAUCCUCCUUGACGAGCCAGCAGCAAACCUAGAUGCAGAGUUUGAAGAUUUGUGUUCCAAGAUUAUACAGGAAGAGUUUACAGAGAAGGGGUUUACGGUUUGCAUGAUUACGCAUAGUGUCAAGGAUUUGAGGCAGAGGGUUAGGAGGGGCAAAGAUGUGGUUGUUAGGGUGAGGGAUGGAGGGGUGGAAGUUGUGGAAUUUGAGAUGGGGAAAGAGGCUGUGAUGGUCGGGUAAUGGAAAAAGUAGAUUUGAUGUUGGAUAAAUGAUACACUAUCUGCUUGAAGCUCGUUUGCUCAAGAUUGAUUGGAAGGUUGGGGAAGCGCUCCCUGAACGCCUUGCAAAAUGCGAAAUCGCCGUGCCAAAAGAGGCAAAAAACAACCCCGGAAGUCGUGCUGCUUGAUGCG